CUAUCAAGUUAGCUAAAUCGGAAUCCUCUCUUGAUUUUUCCGCAAUCAGGUGGGUCGUCAGAGGGUUGAGAAUUGACGAGAAGAAGGCGACGAUGCCUCAGCGGCACUCGAAGAACAACAAUGAUCUUGCCUUCUUCACCUACGACGAGAAGCGGAAGCUAGGGUACGGAACACAAAAGGAGCGAUUGGGGAAGGACUCCAUCAAGCCCUUUGACACUUGCUGCCUCUGCCUCAAGCCGUUCAUCGAUCCGCUUUGUUGCCAGAAAGGUCAUGUUUUCUGCAAAGAGUGCAUCCUCGAGUGCCUCCUUGCCCAAAAGAAAGACAUCAAGAGAAAAUUAGCUGCUCAUGCUGCUCAACAGAAGCAACAAAAAGAUGAGGAAUUGGAAAGGUUGUCAUUGCAACAAGCUCGGGAAAUUGAUGCAUUUGAUCAGCAAAAUCAUGGAGCCGUUCCCCAAUACAAUGACAAGAGCCACUCCCGUGAUAAGAAUGGCUUCCAUGGAGCCAAUAGCGUGAAGGUAACAUCCUAUGAAGAGGAAGCCCUUCGCACAAUGAAAGCUUUCUGGCUGCCUUCUGCAACUCCUGAAGCUCCUGUUAAAGUUGAUGCUCCAUCUUCAGACACCAUAUGCCCAGAGGGCAAAGAGAAACUCAAGUUGAAAACUCUCUUCUCUAUCUACUUCACUGAAGACAAUAACAAAGAGAAUAAGAGGUCCAAGUCUGUGGAUAGCAAUUACAUCUGCCCUAGUUGCAAGGUUACCCUUACGAAUACACUCUCUCUUGUGGCCAUUAAUACUUGUGGUCAUGUCUUCUGCAAGAAGUGUGCGGAUAGGUUCAUUGCCAAGGAUAAGUUUUGCCUGGUGUGUAACAAGGAAUGCAGGGAAAAGAACUUGGUGUUCUUGGAGAAAGGUGGAACUGGUUUUGCCGGACAUGGGGAGCAUUUGGAGGCCACUGAAUUUAAGCAUUUGGGAAGUGGUUCAGGCUUAGGUCUUGUGAGACCAGCGAUGAAGACAUGAUCUCUCUCUCAUUUCCUCGAGAUGCAAGGUUUAAGGUUCUUUGCCAUCCGGUUAUAACUCUGCAAUGUUAUAUUAGAAUUUGGUAUGGAUAGUUUACUUUUCAUUUGUCAAAAUAAGACGAUAACUCUAUAUACAUUGGUUUUGAAAUUUAUUUGAAGUUAAUUUUGUUGA